GUUUCGCUGUUGCGACGAGUGGAAGUGGUGCGCUCGCUGCAAGGCUGCUCCCGCGCGGAGAAGACAACGACGACUGCCGACUCACCGGCCGCUAUCCACUCGACUCAGUUUCCGUCGCCGCGAACCGUUUUAGAAAGCUCGCCACCGCCGGCAGAGCGCUCAGUGCAUCGCGAGUGACACACUUGGGCCGACGACCCGUUGCUCUGUCCGACAGCUCCCGUUCACCGGGAAGUCUACAACUCGAGCUCCUGGCGCGCCAGCGGACGUCUCUCACCCUUGCAAGCCGAGCCGUGCCAACGGCGACAAUAACAUGGUUGCGACGAGCGUGGUCGAGAGAGGGAGCGACUGCGAAGUGGUCACGGUGUCGGUUGGCGGCUACGCCAAUGAGGCAUUCAAAGACGACGGCGACAUCGGCGCGACCCCCGUGAAGCCGCCUCCAGGGAAGACCAAAGCCGAGGAGGCGGCGGGGGAUGGGCCACCGGGCCUGGGGCCUGACGGCAAGGUGCGCAUGUCGCCCAAGGAGAAGUGGCGCAUCCUCAAGAACAUCGCCGCCGUCAGCCUCGCCUUCAUGGUCCAGUUCACCGCCUUCCAGGGCACGGCGAACCUGCAAAGCUCGAUCAACGCGAAGGACGGUCUGGGCACGGUGUCGCUGUCGGCCAUCUACGCGGCCAUCGUGCUGUCGUGCAUGCUGGUGCCCACGUUCGUCAUCAAGAGGCUGACGGUCAAGUGGACGCUGUGCCUGUCCAUGCUGUGCUACGCGCCCUACAUCGCGGCGCAGUUCUACCCGCGCUUCUACACGCUGGUGCCGGCCGGCGUGCUGCUGGGUCUGGGCGCGGCGCCCAUGUGGGCCUCAAAGGCCACCUACCUCACGCAGGUGGGCGGCAUCUACGCCAAGAUCACCGACCAGGCCAUCGACGCCAUCGUCGUCCGGUUCUUCGGCUUCUUCUUCCUCGCCUGGCAGACGGCCGAGCUCUGGGGCAACCUCAUCUCGUCUCUAGUUCUGUCGAGUGGCGCCCACGGAGGAGGCGGCAACGGCUCGGCCAACGCGCAGGAGAUCUGCGGCGCCAACUUCUGUGUCAACGUGGCUGGCCAAACGGAGAAUCUCAACCGACCGCCCGACUCUGAGAUCUACGAGAUCAGCGGCAUCUACCUGGCCUGUGUGAUCCUCGCCGUCGCCAUGGUCGCCCUCCUAGUCGACCCACUCACCAGGUACGGAGAGCGGCAACGGAAAGGCGACAGCGCCGAACUGAGCGGCAUUCAGCUGCUGUCGGCGACCGCAUACCAGCUCAAGAAGCGCAACCAGCAGCUGCUCAUCCCCAUCACCGUCUGGAUCGGCAUGGAGCAGGCCUUCAUCGGUGCCGACUUCACCCAGGCGUACGUGUCGUGCGCGCUGGGGGUGCACAACGUGGGCUUCGUGAUGAUCUGCUUCGGCGUGGUGAACGCCAUCUGCUCGCUGCUGUUCGGCUCGGUGAUGAAGUUCGUGGGCCGGUUCCCGCUGAUGGCGCUGGGCGCGCUCGUGCACGCCUGCCUCGUCGGCGUGCUGCUCAUCUGGAGGCCCAACCCCGCCACGCCGCUCGUCUUCUACGCCAUCUCCGGCCUGUGGGGCGUCGGCGACGCCGUGUGGCAGACUCAAGUCAACGGUAUCUACGGAACGCUGUUCCGACGCAACAAGGAGGCGGCGUUCAGCAACUACCGGCUGUGGGAGUCUGCCGGCUUCGUCGUGGCGUACGCCUACAGCACGCAGCUGUGCGCGCGCAUGAAGCUGUACGUGAUGCUGGCAGUGCUGCUGGUCGGCGUCGCCGGCUACGUCGUCGUCGAGAUUCUGCACAAGCGGAAGGUGAAGCGCCAGAAGAUGCUGGCCGAGGACCCCAAGGCGGCGGCCGCCGCUGCCGCGGAGCUGGCCCGCAACAACCAGGUCGAGGAGACGGACGACGAGAAAGACGACCUCGACGACGACAUCAUCGUGACGCACCUGUAGUUCGCCCCGCUGCGCCGUCCGGCCGCUGCCCGCCGGCUCACCGCCACUGUCCGGGGCGACGCUGACGUCACGGACCGGCGUGCGCGCGCAGCAUCCGCGCUCGGCAGCCGGCCGGACCGAGAACCUCCAGUCGCGGUGCUUGUGUACGGGACACUUCUGAAGUUGAGACGCUGUGGCACCCGCCAUUUGUGAUACUGAGACCGCACAGGUGGCCCUCCGAACGUGCACGGCAGCUGCCUGCGCGGAGCGAGAGACUUUAGAGCGGCGGUGCAGUCUCGUUGUGUGCUUUUCCGCUACAGUCCAGAGGCGCUCUGCCUCGCCAAAACUGUACGCCGGAAAGAGAAAAUGCGGUUCAGAAAAUACUUUGGAAGUCCUUUCGUGAACAUCAUUUCCCUAUUUUCCUAUAAAGUGUUGUUACUCCAGACAGGUUGUGUAAGAGUGUUGGCUGUUGAUGUGCUGAUUAUGCGUUAAAACAAACAUUAUAAAAUAUUUAUUACGCAAACAAAUGCCUGCACCAUUAUAGAUAUACUUUAAGCAGGACCUUUUUUGUUUAGUUCUCGUACUUUUCGCGUAUUUAUUAUGCACAAAAGAAACACGGAUGUAGUUUUACAGUGGCGACGCUGCUUCAGAAUCAGAUUGAAGCUCAUUAAAAAGGCUUAAUCAUUUGCUAGGAAAUGGGGUAACAGCAGCAGUAUUUGGAAGCGGUGAAGGGAAGUAAGAAAAAUGUAUACUAUUCUUCUUUCUCCAUUAGAAUGCUUGGACUAGUCACAGAAGAGUGAAGUGUGUGUGUGUGUGUGUGUGUGUGUGCGUGCAUCCGUUGAUAAUGUCCGUCACUGUUUUUGCGUCGUGUGCGCCUGUUGUUGAACAUUACGCAACUGCGCAAAAGAUAGGCUGCUACGGGGUCGAAUGAUGUCCCGGAUCGUCCCAGGGUUACACAACAGCCUUCAGGAUUGCAGCGAAGGACACUGCGGGAAUGAGGCUAGUCCCUCGAGCCUGCAUUCCCAGGCGCACGUCGGACCCACAAUAAAGAUUGUUGUGCCGUCAGUAAGGAAGACGUGGGAAGCGUUCCCACAGCGGCAGAAGAGCGGACAGUACAGCACUCACCUCGCUCCUGUGCGCCGUGGCUGGUCCCGAGCGGCCAUUCGUGGCAUUGUUCCUGCCACUAUAACGAAAGCGCUCCCCGGGACGGGACGUCGGCGGUUAUCUGGAUUGUUUGCUCUACGUGCAGCUGCGGUGGAGUGACGAUCGCUGGUGUGUCUGACUCGCACGAAGGAGUGUUUCAUUUCUGAAAGUACAAAUUCUAAUUAGUACAUUUUCUUACUUACACAGAAUAAUGUCUCUCCAGUCUAAAAGCCUCAGAGUUAAAUGACGAUUGCGCUGUUGGCAAAACAGAAUUCAAUAACAGUACGCUGCCGAUCAGAAACAAGUUCUCAGUACGGAAAUGUAAGGAAAUCCGCGAUUUAUUCAGAAGCAGACCGCCAGAGGAAAUGCAGUGAAUGGUGGCUAAGGCAAGCAAGUGGGGAAAAUGUGGUCGAGACAGAAGAAAAACUUCAUUGUAUUCAUGGUCCUCUUUGCAGUCUAGCAACGGACGUAGCGAUUGCUGUACUUAAUACUUAUUUUAUCAUAUCAAGCUGUUUUUAUGAGGAAUAAAGAGCCUUCCACAUUUGUUAUGUACUUCAAAAGAAACUAUGUUUCUGUUUACUACAUGAGGAUAUGCAAAGUAUUUACUGUAUUGUUGGCAGCAGUGUGAGGCUGUUUGUCGAGAUUAGUUGUCCGCCCUAUUGCGAGGCAUUUCGGUGGCUGCUAAGCGUGUGAUUCUCAGCCGGGCACCGAACUGCCUUCCGACUGGGCGACCACCUGAUUGGUGCUUUAUUACUAUUAUUAUUACUAUGCUAAUACUAUUAGCUGAAAUAGUUCCACUCAAAUUUUAAAAAUAUAUGUUUUUUUGAAACGUUA